AACCAAAAUCGUCAGUCGUCACAUCGCCAUACUUUAGAUCAAGAGGCAAUUAAAGCAAAAAAUGUUCCAUUCCUAUAAUUAACAUUAACAUUAAUUGAUUGAUUUUUUCUUCCUAAGAAAGUAAUCCAGUGUGAAAGCGUGUGCCAAAACCCCACAAACAGUCUGUCUUCAAAGCUGUAAAGAAAUAAUGCGAAAAUGCAAAUGAUCCGCAGAGUCGCACCAUCCGCCAUGGCCUCUCUCUCUCUUCCUUGUUCUAGGGGACAGGAAUUGGUGUGUGGCCUGACAUGAGACAGCUUUCUGUUAGGAAGAAUCUAUUGUAUGUGUUUAUGAGACUUUUUUCGAUGCCAUUCAAGACAAUACGUGGUGCUGGCCGGACUCUCAAAGUUUCACAUUUCUGUAGCAUUACAAGCGUGUCUUCCACUCUGCAAAUUGAAUUGGUGCCUUGCUUAAAGGACAACUAUGCAUAUCUACUGCAUGAUGUGGAUACGGGUACUGUUGGAGUAGUUGAUCCUUCUGAAGCGGUGCCUAUCAUAGAUGCUUUGAGUAGAAGCAAUAGAAAUUUGACUUACAUAUUGAAUACACAUCAUCAUUAUGAUCAUACUGGUGGGAACAUGGAGUUAAAAGCAAGGUACGGGGCGAAGGUUAUUGGAUCCAGAACCGAUAAAGAAAGGAUUCCUGGCAUUGAUAUAGCUCUACGAGAUGGGGACAAAUGGAUGUUUGCAGGCCAUGAAGUUCUUGUCUUUGAAACUCCAGGACACACACAAGGCCACAUAAGUUUCUAUUUCCCGGGUUCCAGAUCAAUUUUCACUGGAGACACUUUGUUUAGCUUAUCGUGUGGCAAGCUGUUUGAGGGAACUCCUCAGCAGAUGCUCUCUUCACUAAGGAAGAUUAUGUUGUUACCCAAUGAUACAAGUAUUUAUUGUGGCCAUGAAUACACUUUGAAUAAUUCAAAGUUUGCGCUCUCUAUUGAACCUGGAAAUCAGGAGUUGCAAUCAUAUGCUGUCCAGAUCACAAAUCUUUGCAAGAAGGGCUUACCCACAAUUCCAACUACCCUGGAGAAGGAGAAGCUAUGCAACCCAUUCCUCCGGACUUUUAGUAUGGAGAUCAGGAGAUCGUUAAACAUUCCAGACUCUGCAGAUGACGCUGAAGCCUUGCAUGCUAUCCGCCAAGCUAAGGAUAACUUUUAGCAUAGGCUUUCCAUCCAGUAUAAAGCUAGUGACCCCCCCCCCCCCCCAAAAAAAAAUGAAAUUGUUGGAAUGUAUUGUAGCUCGUGUGUAUAGGUAACAAUUUCUUCGCUAGUCCUCAUGUAAUAAAAGCAAACAGAUUCAUUGUUUCUCUACAACAGACGCAUUGUUUCUCGUUUCUCUACAACAGAUGCAUGGUUUCCCUACAACAGAUGCUGUGAUUACAUUUCUCAUUGAAUAUCUGAUCUGUUGAACAGAACAGAUGGAGUUUGGUUGAACAAAUACACGCCAAGAUUCUUAUAUCCCACUACCACAAAGACUACUGCGAUGGUGAUGCCUCAACAGAGCUCUAUCAUGUAAUGGAUAAUGUACAGUUCCAGACAGACAGGCUGGGUUACCCCUUCACCAUCACCUAAGCAUGGUCCCUACUCCAUAGGACUGGAUCAGUGAUAGCUUAGUCAGUCAUAUAUGGGUUCUUAUACAUUAAUACUGUAUAAUAUUAUGGUUGAAUUGUGGUUUCAUAUCCACAUGCUGGGCUUUUCAUAACUUUAUUAAUGUUAAAAUUUUCAUGAAUACUAUUUUAGCCUUGUGUGGUUCAAUGUUUGACUAUAAAUAGCUCAUAGCUGAACCGAUAUUGAGACAGAUCAAAAC